AUGACAUUAUCCGUAGUUUCUUGGGAAUUUGGUGGAAAUCACGGCGCCGCUGCCUUGGAGCCUGGUCCGGCUAAGCGCUCAACCGAGACGCACUCAGCUGCCGGCAAAGCCAUCCUCCACUCAAGCAAAGUCGGAACAAGUACCGCGCGGGCCGCUUUUGUCCUGGCAGGUCCGGGGUUACUAUCACCGAUACCUGCGGAGAUUCUGGUAACCAGCCGCCGGCAAAGCAUUCAUGUCGAAGAUGAGCUUGUGGGCACUGUUAUAUCGAUUAUGAGCAGCGAUACCCGCCAGACUACGAGGGGCAGCGUCAGGUCCAAAAGGCGAUUAACCGAUGAUAACAGGGCGGACGACCCCGCCUCGAAUCCCAAAAGGCAGAGAGUUUCUCGUGCUUGCGACAGCUGCAGAUCCAAAAAGGACAAAUGCGACGGGGCUCAACCGGUAUGCUCAACCUGCGCUUCACUCUCGCGACCAUGUACCUACAGAGCCAAUCCGAAGAAGCGCGGCAUUCCGACCGGAUACAUUCGCACUCUCGAGCUGCUAUGGGGACUCGUGUUCAGGAAAAUACAAGGUAGCGAGGAGGUUGUUCGAACUUUGCUGAGGGGUGCUAAUAUUCCUGGCCAUCUGGAAUCUAUGGGAAAGGAGGCGGAAGGAUCGGAUACUCUGCUGUCGUCAUGGAGAAACAGCAUCGUCUUGAAGGAAAUCGAGCGAGUUUUGACAUCUCUUGAGCAGCCAGAGGACGAACAAGAGCUUGGAGAGAUCGAUUCCCCAGCAGAUGUCGAAGCAGCGAGUGUGCUUUCGUCUGAGACGCUUGAGUGGCAUCUUCCCGAUCCACUGGGGGGUGGAAGGGAAACUUCCUUAGCGAUUGGGUCGUCCCCAGUGAGAGCAGCGCCGGUUAUGCAAACAUCAAACCGCAUCACCAGGAACACCGGAGCCCAGACUGCUCCUAUAGACGACCAAUUCGAACGCCAGCCUUUGCAGCAUCAAGCUGAUAUUCCCGACUCUGUUCCUCCAAACCGUUUCCAGCAGCUUCCUUCCAAUCCCUGGCCAUUACUUGAUAUUUAUUUCUCUUAUACGCAGUGUUGGUUUCCGAUACUUGAGAAACACGACAUUCUUCGAACAGCUUUCCGCAAUGCCGACGACGAUCGAUAUGAUUCUCCUACAUCACCAGGCUCGGGAGACAAGGCGGCUUUGUGGGCGGUUUUUGCUCUUGCCUCCAUACAGCAGAGCUCAAUCUCGACCACACGCCAGCUAAGGGAGGACCGACUUGACCCCAGCCAGCUAUACGCGAAAGCUAGGAGUCUUAUUCCAGGAGAAAAUGGAAGUCAUGAAAUUGGCCAUGUCCAGGCACUCCUGAUUUUGUCACUGAUCAAGCUAGGCCAGCAGGACUGGGCGGCAUCCUGGAUCCUUGUAGGGUUGGCCGUUAGGAUUGCCCAGAGUCUAGGGUUAAAUUAUUCCCCUAACUCAUCCUCAAGCGCCACUGAUGAGAGCAAGACUGUAGGGCGGUCCAGGCAUGUGUUCCUGGGGUGCUUUGUCCUGGAAACUUUGAUUGCUGCGCAAACGGGCCAGGUGCCUUCGCUGCGCAAAGGCGACUUGACGAUGAUUGGUCCAAUUAAUGAGGAUGGUUUGGAAGAAUGGCAUCCUUGGGAAGAUCAGACCGGUCUUCGUCCGGUUGAGUCGUCUCGAGGUUCUUUUCAUCGCGGGCCUCUUCACGCACUUAGUACAUUUAAUCGGCUUCGAUCUUUGAUGUUCAUUUUGAAUGACUUGUGCUGUUGGGGGCAAGCCUCAACGAACUCUCCUUCUCAUUUAGAGGCGCUUGAACAGCAGCUGCAGACCUGGGUUUCAGUGCUCCCCAGAAGCUACCGGAUCGAUUGGCAAACAGUCUCAACAAAACCCGCCUCGCCGCACAUAUUUGCUCUUGAGAUGAUCUACGAAGCUGUCGCAACAGCCAUAAGCUUACAGAUCUCGUUGCAGAGAAAUGAGAGAAGCGGGCUACAACGUGCUGCGGAAGGUUAUAAGCGCCUCAUUUCAUUAAUCCAGGCCUACACCGAGACCUAUAGUCUUUCGGCGACUUGUCCAACCUUUGGAAUUGUCUUAACGUUAGGUCUUCCGCCAACUGGCGCGAGAAGACAUGCACCUUGGGUCUUCGAAGCUGAUCCUGGCAUCAAGCACAAACUCCAGUCAUUCUCGGCCCAUCUCGCAAGAGUAUGGACCCAUGAUAGCCAGCUACCUCAAACAAUAUCCGAAUCAACUACCUCCACAGCACCGGCAGCCUUGCUGCAGGGUAAUCCAUACAGGAGUCCUUCAGCUCAGAAUGUGUCUAGAAACAACCUGCGCGUAGCGAACCUAAUUAGUGAGUCUCGUUCUGGAAAUCUUUCAACCCGGGAGUCAUUCCGCUCACCCACUUGGAUGCGGACAUCCUCAAACGACGAAAAUGCCGCUUUAUCUCUCCCAACACCGGCCGCGUCUUUGAAUAUUGGGCUAGGAAUAGAAGCAUCAAACUCCACAUCUCAGCGAGAUCUCCAACAUCAACACCGUUCUUCAGUCUCCGGAAGACCUAAUGGGGCGCCGAUGUUAUCCGAUCUACCAACACCAUUUUCAACAACAGGGCCUCAAUAUCAACAAACAUACAAUGACGCAAGCCUACAGUUCAACUCACUUGUCGACUUAGAGGGACAUGGAUCACUACGCCCGCCAAGAAUUGCUCCUGAUCUCGAUGCCCUUUUUGACGAAUUGGCGUCGCUUGACGGCACAGAGAGGUGGGGUCCUAUUUAUGCCAACUGCAAGACUAGCGGAACACUGACCUAA